UCGAGUUGAGUGAAAAUGAGAUCCAUCCGCUUUGGGGGGGGUCUGAGGAUUUUUUGCAGUUGGAGAAACGCCUCCGGGAAUGCACAUCUUUACGGUCCGACGGCUGGGGAGUGGUUCGUUUCCCCAACACGAAACAGUUCCUGGUCUGACAGGGAGUUCGAACUCAAACCUUGGCAAAAGUCCAGAAAUUGCUUCAGCGAACCCCAGAAGGAGGACAGAGCCUGCCCGGAGAAUUUCACCCGCAUCCUGGACAGCCUGCUCGACGGUUACGAUAACCGGCUGCGACCCGGAUUUGGGGGUCCCGUCACGGAAGUCCAAACAGACAUCUACGUCACGAGCUUCGGGCCCGUGUCUGAUGUGGACAUGGAGUACACCAUGGACGUGUUCUUCCGGCAGACGUGGGUGGACCCGCGGCUCAGGUACGACGGCCCAGUCGAGAUCCUGCGGCUCAACAACCUCAUGGUGACCAAAGUGUGGACCCCCGACACCUUCUUCCGCAACGGCAAGAAAUCCGUCUCGCACAACAUGACGGCCCCCAACAAGCUAUUCCGGAUCAUGCGGAACGGCACGGUCCUGUACACCAUGCGGCUCACCAUCAGUGCCGAGUGCCCCAUGAGACUGGUGGACUUCCCCAUGGAUGGCCACGCGUGCCCCCUGAAGUUUGGGAGCUAUGCGUACCCAAAGACCGAGGUGGUCUACGCUUGGACGAAGGGGCCCGAGAAGUCGGUGGAAGUCCCCAAGGAGUCUUCCAGUCUGGUCCAGUAUGACCUGGUUGGGCAGACUGUGUCCAGCGAGACCGUGAAGUCCAUUACCGGUGAAUACGUUGUCAUGACGGUUUUCUUCCACCUGCGACGGAAGAUGGGCUACUUCAUGAUUCAGACGUACAUUCCCUGCAUCAUGACUGUGAUCCUGUCUCAAGUUUCCUUCUGGAUCAAUAAGGAGUCAGUUCCAGCCCGCACCGUAUUUGGAAUCACCACGGUCCUGACCAUGACGACCCUGAGCAUCAGCGCCCGCCACUCCCUCCCCAAAGUGUCCUAUGCCACCGCCAUGGAUUGGUUCAUCGCCGUCUGCUUCGCCUUCGUCUUCUCCGCCCUGAUCGAGUUCGCCGCCGUCAACUACUUCACCAACGUCCAGAUGGAAAAGGCCAAGAGGAAGCCGCCCAAGCCACGCCCGGAGCCGCCCGCCCACCCUGGCCAGCGAGACAAGGGCCUGGAGGGGCCAGUCCAGAGUCCAGAGCCUGGCUCAAACGUGAGGAAGCGCACCAACGUCUCGGGGCCGCCCGACACGGAUGCCGGCAGCCGGCCGGAGCAGGGGACCCGUUCUCCCGCGGCCACUCCGAGCCCCGUGGCCCUCCCCGCCGCCCGCGCCUGCCCGGCCUCCAGCCCAAACCCCUUCAGCCGCCUGCAGGUGGCGGAGACGCUGUCCGCCGCCCGGGCGCUGACCCCCACCGCCCCCCGCACGCCCAACCGUGCUGGCCCCGCACCCUGCUCCCCUCCCGCUGGCUCUCCGGCCACGGUCCGUGCCCCUCCAACACGGUCUCCGGCCACCACCGCUGCACCGGCCGCCUCUGGCCAGCCCUCAGCCAGCACCCCAGCCCCCGCCCCCACGCCCGCCCCCCCGCCGCCUGGCUCUGGCACCAGCAAGAUCGACAAGUAUGCCCGCAUUCUCUUCCCCGUGGCAUUUGGGGCCUUCAACAUGGUCUACUGGGUAGUCUACCUGUCCAAGGACACCGUAGAGAGGGCUGAGGGCACGCUGUAGCAGCCCAGAUGGGGCAGGCCUGGACCCCCAAGCGGGGCAGGCCGAGGCCCCUCAGCGGCCCCGCUGGGAGAGGGCUCGUGACCCUGCCCGGCAGCGGGAUGGGGGAAGCGGCUCCACCCAACGUCUCCAAGUGAAAGAGCCCGGCUCACUGCCGGGGGAUGGACUGACGGACGGACUCGGUAGGGUGGAGAUGCAGCGCUCCCUGUCAGGGUAUGGAGUUGGUCUGGGGGCAGGACCUGGCCAGGGGCACCUGAGACCCCUGAGCUCUGCUGGCCUCCCUGGCAAGAGCUGAGGAAGGCACAGGGGUGGAGGCCGGAGUGGGCACCAUCACAGGCGCUGUGGUAGGCACGGGCAUUCCAAGGACCUCCUAGGCCCACAGACACCGGUGUGUCUCGGCUGCACGGGGACGGGAAAGGAUGGACGGCGGGCAGCACGGGGGGAGAUGGCUUGCGGUGCCUCGGAAGAGUUCAGAAAUAUGGCCCUGGCAACAUCCUGCUCAGAGCACCGCGAGUCCUCACCCCAUCUGGAUUCGACCGGGGAGCGGAUGGGGGCCACCUCCCGCCGGGGGAGGGCUGGAAGAUGAGGGGAAGGGGGAUCUCCAGUCAGCUGCUUCAUGUGCCCUACACGUGCCCAAGGCCCUCUGGAUGCUCAGCCAUAUGCCGGUCACCUCCGCUACAGAUCGGGUGUGGGCAGGAGAGAGGAUGGGCCAGAUGUCUAACUGCAGGUCCUAGGGUUUCCCCAUUGCCCCUCAGGGGGUGGAGGUUGCUGAUCUGCCCCUGCUCUCCCGGCUCUGUUUCCCCAUCCUUGGGCCCAAGCUUUGAAGCACUGAUUGCAGUGUUGUAGUCUUUGAAUGGGGUGCAGGGUCUCUCCCCUCAGGACACCAUCCUGGUCCUCAGACCACACAGACAAAACACCAUCAAUCAGUAAAUCACCAAAACGUCAGCUACUCUCACAUCCCCAGCUCAACUUCACCACCUCCCCAGCCCAGGCCUCUCUCUCUGUCACUUGGAGGAACCAUGCUCAACGUCGUCCUGCUCAUCCACCCGCCCUCGUGAUCCGGGAUGGACCAUCCAACAUCCCUGACACUCGCCUCUCCAUCCCUGACUCUUCCCCCGGUUGACUCGGCACCCCUGACUCUCCCAUCUCCAUCUCUUACUCUCCCUCCAGUGACCCAGCACAGAUCAUCCAAAACCCUUGACUCUCCCCCAUCCUUCCUUGGCUCUCCCAGCAUUGACCCAGCCCAUGCUCUCGUCUGUGUUCUAUCUGAAUCCCCCUGGUCUUGCAGAUGUUCCCAGCUGCAGAACUUCUUGAGGGAAGCAGGCCCCCUGCAACUUCCAACCGUUCCUCACAUAGGGGUCUGUGGCCUGCAACCAAGAGGAGCUGCCCCUCCAGACGUUUUGAAACCCCUCUGCCGAAGUUAGUGCUGCCCCAGAGCAUGAGCCUUGAGCUUAGGAGCAUCCAUCAAGUUGCAUGUUGAUUUUUCAAAAAUAUUUUUUAUAAUUCAAUCAGAAACCACAUCUAGCCAGGGAGGAGCGGCCCUCAGUGACCCUCUCACGUGGGUGGCACUGUCCCUUCUCCUUCCCCUCGGAAGGACAGGAACCCAGCUGUCUCCUUCACAAGGAGGGGCUUGUCUUUUCUGUGCAGGAGGGUAUCAAAUCUCUUGGGCUCGUCCCUGGAUUAUGAGGGCUUCUGGGAUGAACAUUCCAUCUCCUCUGCCGGUGUUGGGGCUCGGGGUCAGUGAGCAGAUGCUUCAGAGAGCUCACUAGCCAAGGGGAUGUUUCAGACUCAUUUCAGAGUCUCCAAGACCGGACAGGCCUCAACCCUCUGCUGCUCAAGCCAGCAGCCGCUGCUUGGAAUGGGCUGUGGUUCCAUUUGGACGCUCCUCCACCCCUCUGCCCGCCGGCUGGCUCCAAAAUAGCCAUGCCUACCCCAGGAAGGGUAGUCUGAGGCAGAGCAACCCCUGCUCUGUAUCUCCAUUUUCGGUUCUCCUGGGCUAUCAACAGUUCCCUUCUCCAAAUCCCUCCCCUUCAACUCACACGUUCCCCGUGUCUCCAAAUCCUGUCCAUUCUUCCUCCAGGAUCUGCCCUUUUCCCUCCAUCCAAACUACCACCUGCUGGUCCAGGCAGUCGACACAUUCCAGUUUGAAUACCGCAUCAGCUUCCUUGCUGACCUCCCCGCCUCCAAGCUCUCCCUUUCCCAGUGCAGACUUUUCUCUGGCUGGCCGGAUCGUUUUUCUAAAACGUCAUUCUGCCUAUCUCUCCUCACUUCUCAGAAACCUCCAAUGGUUGCCCAUUCCUCUCUGCGUCAAGCAGAAACUCCUCCCCCAUCGACUUUGAGGCUCUCAAUCAACUCGCUCUCCCAUCUACUUAUUCUCACGUCUCUCCCACUACACCUCAACUUGCACGUUUCUCUCCCUUCGAGCCAACCUACUCACUCUGCCUCAUUCUUGUCUCUCCCUCCGCCGACCCCUUACUUGCACCCUCCCUUCAGCCUGGAACUCCCUCCGGCUUCACUUUGGCCAGACUACAGUUCUUCACAGCUUCAGACGCCUUUUUGAUUCACACCUCCUCUAGGAGACCUUCCCCGAUUAAAUUCUCCUCACUCCUGGUUUCAUCCACUUUA